AGUUCCUUGAUGCACGCCACUGUGGCAGCGCCUAAUGAGUUUGAGCUGAAGCACAGGCCUGGCCUCAUUAAACAUCUGCCGCCCCUCAGUGCACCCCAGCUCUACCAGCUCCGUGUAUGUGGAUGGAUCAAGUUACAGAACUCUGAGCGAGAACGGAGAUAUUCUCUCCCCUAUUCGGAGUCCAACUCCCACUCGAGAAGUUCUCCCUCCAAUCAACAGAAACGGGAGUCUCAGUAAUGGAAUCCAUUCCUUGCAUCAAAAUGGUUAUAGUGCUGGGAAAGACGAUUUUGAGGAAGAUGAUACUUCAGACUGGAUUGAGCAGGACGCUGAAGGAGGUCCCAGUACAGCGCGGUCUGGAGGCCCUUCCUCUGAGACAGGCAGCUACGACAGCGGUGUCCCUCCGACCUCCAGUGGCUUCACACCCGGGAUGAAAACGGUGCCAGAGCACGAUCUUCUCGAGGAUCAACAUGGAUCUGAGGACGGUUAUGAUGCAGGAUCUGAGGCUGAGGACCAUGGUGAGGACAACGUUGCUCGUGGCUCAACACCGUGUUAUGACGAGGAUACGUUGGAUGUCCUGGAAAUUGAAUUUCCUCCGUACUAUUUCUCCACACAUGGCUUGUCUCGUGCAGCCUCGCCGGAACCUGAUCAGAAAGAGAGGUAUUAUGCCCUCGCAGACAGAGCCAUUGAUCCAGGCAUGGUUGGUCCCAUCACUAAAGAUACCUUGGCUGGUGUCUAUAAAUUUGUACCAAGGCAUCUGCGCUCUGAUUUUCCACAGGCCACAAGAGCGUUUCUCAGGGAGAUGGAUGUUGACUACAGAGCUUCAGUGAGAAUAGCUAUCCUGGACUAUAUUUUGUUGGACGCUGCAGAGCAGGAGAGACUAGGACUACCAAUGCCAGUCAAACCUUCUAACCUUGCAGGACGAGAUGGCUUUCCAUGGCAUGACAGCUUGAAUGUAAACAAAGAAUACAUUUCACAGAAUUUGUUUUUGACUCAUCCAAUUAUGAGGCACAUCCUCUACAAUUUUGAAUACAGGUACAGUGAUUUCCGACUGAUUGACAUUCCAGGCUUGAGAAAACAAAUGCCCAUCACCAUGGAAACAUUCUUGAAGCAGGUGCAGAUUUCUAGCAAAGCAGCAGCGGAAUUUCUGGAAAGAGAGUGGCUGAUGGAGUGCAGCAAUUUGAUCGAUGACAUGAGGGAUGAGGUGGAGGCAUGGAUGCCCCCACAAAGUGAAGAGAGAGUUGAAAAGAUGGAGCGUUUCUUCAACUGCGUGGCUUCCCUCAUGUCCGGCCUUCUGCGUCGAUGUGUGGAGAACUCAAUCCAGGAUCUGGUGGACUUAGUGGAGAUCUACUAUGAGGGCAACAGUUAUGAGGGAGACUACAACAUCAUGGCUGACCUGGGUCUGCCUGAACUCUUACAUCCGGUCACUUUCUUCAUGGAAGAGGAUUUGGAGAAUAACAGCCUCAAAUUUCGCCCUGCUUUCACAGACAUUUGCGACUUUUUUGCUCUCAUAAUUGACACCAUGGUGAUCAGUGUGCGCAGACUCACACGUCUGGAGCAUGGACUUUUCCAAACAGUGGAAGAGUUGGAGCCUGACAGUAUCUUGUCUGUGGAAGUGGAAGAAGAACUGGUGGAGGUGGCCAAAGACAAGAUCAGAACAGUUGUCCUGGCUAACAGUCAUGGGCCAAAAAAAUACAAAGCAGUAUAUGAGCCUUAUGCUUACUUGUACACUUUGACCACUGAAGCUCAGAUUCAAAAGUUCGUCAGUCGUGAGCGACCUCUCAGGGAUUAUGUCGCUGCCAUUGAAAGGUUGAAAACGAUGGCCUCGGAGGUUGGGUCCUUGCCUGUGUUUGUGCCAAUGCAUUUCUUCCUGUUGGACUGCUCCCAUUUGAACCAGUGGCUCAUUGACACAGCAAGAAAGCAUAUUGCCACAAUGGUGCGCAAAAUAAUGGAGACAAGCAACAAAUUCAACCGGCAGAUUUGUGCUCAGUAUGAUACCAUUGUGAAGAAGAGUUCAUAUCAAGCAGAGAACACCCGGGAACUUGUGGAGCUGCAGGAGUAUGUUGAGAAUCUCAAAGUUGGAGAAAUGCUGCAGUUACUGGACAAACUGGAGAUAGCUGCCGGCAAUAUGAUGUUCCUCAUGGAGUAUGCCUACUUGUCCAAGGAAGAUGUCACUGUGAACAACACGACCUUCACUUGGCCAGACAGAAUCAUCCCCAUUGUGCGCAAUGCAGAAAACAAGCUGCAGAAGGAGCAUGAUAUCGCCUGCAACAAACUCAAAGAAUGGAAGAGGAGGUUUGAGAAGACGCUGGAGGACAACCUUCAGAAGAUCAAAGAGUUUGGCAGCAAGGACCGCAUGUCGGAGGCCGACAAGUACAUGGGUGAACUUGAUGACAUGACUGCCAAGAUUGAGGAGUUCAGGGAAGAGAAAAUGAAGAUCAACAGAGAGGAGCAGAUGCUUGGUCUGGAGACACAGAUGGAGUACAAACAGAUUGAUGAGCUGGAAGUGCGCAAGGAGCCUUACGACAAACUCUGGUCAACAGCGGUCACUUUCCACCAGGCUCAUGACAAGUGGAUGAAUGGUCCUCUGCUGGAAGUCAAUGCUGAGGAUGUGGAGGAGGGUGUGCAAAAUCUUUGGCGUACUGCCUACAAGCUGACCAAAGUGUUUGCUCAUCCUGACUUCAAAGGCCCCAUGAGAGCGUCGGCCACCAUCAAGGCCAAACUUGAGAAGUUUAAGAUCAACAUGCCACUCAUUACAGCACUGUGUAACCCAGGCAUCAAGGAGAGACACUGGAGCAUGAUGAGUGAGAAGGUGGGUUUCAACAUGCAGCCCAGUGAGGAGACACCACUCCACGAGGUCUUGCAGAUGGGUCUGGAGAAGUUUCUGGAUGAACUCAUGGGCAUCAGCUCGCAGGCCAGCAAAGAAUAUGCCCUGGAGAAGGCUUUGACGAAAAUGAAGGCAGAUUGGGAGAGCAUGCAGUUUCAGUUUGUGCCUUACAAGGACUCGGGCAUUUCCAUCUUGUCCUCUUUUGAUGACAUCCAGGUUCUGUUGGAAGACCACAUUGUGAAGACUAUGACUAUGAAAGGCUCACCCUUCAUUGGUCCUUUUGAGGAAGAAGUCAACAAAUGGGAUACUCUGCUGCAUCGCAUGAAAGCCAUCCUCGAUUCCUGGCUACGGGUCCAGUCUGCGUGGCUGUACCUAGAGCCAAUCUUCGGCUCUCAAGAUAUUCGCAACCAAAUUCCUGUUGAAGGAAAAAUGUUUGAAGAAGUGGAUGACCACUGGCGUCAAAUGAUGCUCCAGGCCGUGGACAACACCAGGGCCCUCGUGGUGGUCUCUCAGGACAACAUGCUGGAAAAACUGCAGCACUCUGAGUCAAUGUUGGACGACAUUCAGAAAGGUCUGAAUGAUUACCUGGAAAAGAAACGACUUUUCUUCCCAAGGUUCUUCUUCUUGUCCAAUGAUGAGUUGCUGGAGAUCCUGGCUGAGACAAAAGACCCACUGCGUGUGCAACCGCAUCUCAAGAAGUGUUUUGAGGGUAUUGCUUGCUUGACCUUCACCCCUGAUAAGGUCAUCACCGCCAUGGAGUCGGCUGAAAAAGAACGUGUGGAGUUUGCUCGCAUGAUUAUCCCAGCUGAUGCUCAAGGACUUGUGGAAAGAUGGUUGCAACAGGUGGAAGAGGUGAUGAAGCUCAGUUUGAGAGAGGUGAUGGGCAAAGCAGUGAAUGCGUACCCAACCACCAAACGGAAUGAGUGGGUACUGCAAUGGCCUGGUCAGAUUGUGUUGGCAGCCAGUCAGAUUCAUUGGACAGCUGAGGUCACUCAGGCCAUCAGAUUUGGUGGACUGAAUGCUUACCUGGCACGUAGCAACAAACAAGUUGAAGAAAUCGUUGCCAUGGUGAGAGGAAAACUGACAAAGAUGGCAAGAAUAACGCUGGGUGCUCUCAUUGUCAUUGAUGUCCAUGCGCGUGAUGUCAUCAACAACCUCUACCAGAUUGGCACCUCCAGUCCCCACGACUUCUCCUGGAUCUCCCAGCUGCGUUACUACUACGAAGAUGCUGCGUGCAAUGUGCGCAUGAUCACAACGCAGGUGGCCUAUGCCUAUGAGUACCUUGGCAACUCCGGGAGGCUGGUGAUUACACCACUCACAGACAGGUGUUACAGAACUCUGAUGGGUGCCCUGUUGCUCAACCUUGGUGGAGCCCCUGAGGGGCCGGCUGGGACAGGAAAAACUGAGACCUCCAAGGAUCUGGCCAAAGCUGUGGCAAAACAGUGUGUUGUCUUCAAUUGCUCUGAUGGCCUUGACUACAAAGCUAUGGGCAAAUUCUUCAAGGGUUUGGCCCAGUCAGGAGCAUGGGCCUGUUUUGACGAGUUCAACAGAAUUGAGUUGGAGGUGCUGUCUGUGAUCGCCCAGCAAGUACAGACUAUCCAGAGAGCUAUCAUCGACAAGGCCGUCACGUUUGUGUUUGAGGGCACAGAGAUCUCGCUAGACCCAACCUGUACCAUGUUCAUCACUAUGAACCCUGGCUACGCUGGACGUGCAGAGCUGCCUGAUAACCUCAAGGUGUUGUUCCGUACAGUGGCCAUGAUGGUUCCGGACUAUGCUAUGAUUGCUGAGAUCUCUCUGUACUCUAAUGGCUUUGUCAACUCUCGGAGUCUGGCCACUAAGAUUGUGGCCACCUACAAGCUGUGCUCUGAGCAGCUUUCAUCUCAACAUCACUAUGACUACGGUAUGCGAGCUGUCAAAUCUGUGCUGACUGCAGCAGGCAACCUCAAACUCAAGUACCCAGACUUUGAGGAAGACGUUUUGGUGCUGCGCUCCAUCAACGACGUCAACUUGCCAAAGUUCUUGUCCGACGAUAUUGAGCUCUUCAAGGGCAUCACCUCUGAUCUUUUCCCUGGUGUUACGUUGCCGACCCCAGACUACGCCAGCUUGGAAAAUGCUUUGAAGGAGAAGAUGACAGAAUCCAAUCUUCAACCCGUGCCUUGGUUUAUCACCAAAAUCAUUCAGAUCUAUGAGAUGAUUCUGGUGCGGCAUGGACUGAUGAUUGUGGGAGACCCAUUGGGUGGAAAGACAAGUGCCUUCAAGACUCUAGCAGCCAGCCUGGGCAUGUUACAUCAUCAGGGCCUCAUGGAGGAACAGCCGGUCAUUUACAGCAUUAUUAAUCCCAAAGCCAUCACGAUGGGUCAGCUGUAUGGACGUUUUGACCCUGUUUCACAUGAGUGGACAGAUGGUGUACUUGCCAACACAUUCAGAGAACAUGCUUCAAAUCCAUCACUAAGUCGAAAGUGGAUCAUCUUUGAUGGGCCUGUGGAUGCAGUGUGGAUUGAGAAUAUGAACACAGUGUUGGAUGACAACAAGAAGCUGUGCCUUAUGAGUGGGGAGAUCAUCCAGAUGAGCAACACACAGAACAUGAUCUUUGAACCCCAGGACCUGGAACAGGCCUCUCCAGCCACUGUCAGCAGAUGUGGCAUGAUCUACAUGGACCCUCUUCAACUGGGCUGGGAGCCUCUGGUCACCUCCUGGAUGAACACUGAACUGCCAGACAACAUCAAGCCAGAACAAAAGGAGAUGAUUCAGCUGCUGUUUGAGUGGAUCUUGCCUCCAUGUCUCAACUUUGUCACCAAGUCUUGCAAACACAUCCUACCACUGCAGCCCAUGCACUACACAGCCAGUCUGCUGAAACUUUACUCCUGUCUCAUGGAGGAUGUCAAAAAACUUGGCAAGGAUGACGAUGAUGAUGAUGAUGAUUUCAUCGAGGAGGAAGGAGAAGAGGCAGAGCUGGAGCCCACGGGAGACUUGCCUUCUCUAGGGAUGGAUGAGAAGAAGCUGGAUGAAGAACGGACGAACAUGAUUGUUUCUUAUUUCUUCUUCUCCGUCGUUUGGGCUGUGGGGGCCACGCUAGACGCCAACUCCAGGAUCAAGUUUGACGAGUUCUUCCGGGCCCUCUGUGAUAUGGACAGCGCCAAAGACAAGUACCCGAAACCGAAGGAGCUCAAGUUCCCUCGAGCACAGCUUAUUCCUAAGAAGGGCACCGUAUACGACCACGUGUUCAUCCGCAAGCAGUACGGCUCAUGGAACCCCUGGACCAACCUGGUGCAAACAGUCAACAUUGAUGAAAAAGCUCAGGUGAAACUUUUAAAACUUUUUUGUCUUAAAACGCUGAUCAAUGCCCUGAUCAUCAACACAGUGGAGACAGAAAGACAGCGUUACUUCUUGCAGAAGUUCCUGCUAAAGGAUACACCCUUGCUUUUUGUUGGACCAACAGGAACUGGAAAGAGCGCCAUCACCAACAGUUACCUUCUGGAGUUGCCAAGAGACAAGUAUGUGAUCAACAACAUCAAUUUCUCAGCUCAGACAUCUGCCAACCAGACGCAAGACAUCAUCUUCUCAAAACUAGAGAGGAGGAAAAAGGGUGUCUUUGGUCCAACUGCUGGCAAGAAACUCUGUGUUUUUGUGGACGACCUAAACAUGCCAGCUAAGGAGAAGUACGGAGCGCAACCUCCCAUUGAGAUCCUUCGUCAGUACAUUGACCACCGCUACUGGUUUGACAGAAAAGACACCAGUAUACUGAACCUGGUAGACAUUGUCAUGUUGGCAGCCAUGGGUCCUCCUGGUGGUGGUCGGAACACUGUGACCCCUCGCUUGAUUCGACACUUCAACGUCAUCGGCAUUGAAAUGUUUGAUGAGGAUACAAUGAAGAACAUCUUUUCUCCUAUCAUAGACUGGCAUUUCAAGGGUUUUGAGACCACUCAGAGACGCUUCUCAAGGGUGAUUUUAACUGCAACCAUGGACGUCUACCAGAGUGCUAUUGCAAACUUCCUGCCCACACCGUCGAAGUCACAUUACUUAUUCAAUCUGCGAGAUUUUGCUCGUGUGGUACAGGGCAUCUUGCUGUUGAAGCCAGGGUGUGUGCCAGAAGGUGUAGAGGGCAGUCAGAAAAUCACUCGACUUUGGAUUCACGAAGUCUACCGCGUCUUUUAUGACCGCUUGGUGGACGAUGAUGACCGCGACCAGUUCUUUAGAAUGGUCAAGCACGGAAUUGAAACGCACUUUAAGGAAAAGUUCAACAACCUCUUUAGCCACAUUGUUGAGCCUGGAAAACUCAUCAUAGACGAGGAUAUUCGUGCUCUCUUCUUUGGUGACUUCAUGACGAAGUCCAAGGGAGAGGAACGUCUCUACGAUGAGAUACAGGAGCUAGAUGAGCUUAGGGAGACUGUAGAGCAUUACCUUGAAGACUACAACCUCAUGAGCAAAGCCCCUAUGGACCUAGUUAUGUUCCGCUUUGCUGUUGAACACAUUUCUCGCAUCAGUCGAGUUCUCAAACAGCCCAAUGGUCAUUGCCUUCUUGUGGGCAUCGGAGGCAGCGGCCGACAGAGUGUGACUCGCUUGGCCGCCUUCAUGUCAGACUUUGAGCUGUUCCAGAUCGAGAUCACCAAGAACUACUCCAUGACUGAGUGGCGUGACGACUUGCGCAGGAUGAUGCGUCGGGCCGGGGACCAAGGCGUGUCCACUGUCUUCCUCUUUGGUGACCACCAAAUCAAGGAUGAAUCUUUCCUUGAAGACGUGAACAUGAUCCUCAACACUGGAGACAUCCCCAACCUCUAUGAGAACGAGGAGAGACUGGAGAUCAUUGAAAAGAUGCAGAAUUUAUGCCAAAAGGAAAAUGCCCAGAUUGAGUUCACUCCUCUGAACAUGUACAACAAAUUCAUCGAGCGUAUCCGUCGCCACCUCCACGUUGUCCUCGCCUUCAGUCCCAUCGGAGAUGCCUUCAGGAACAGGCUGAGGAUGUUCCCAUCUCUCAUCAACUGCUGUACCAUUGACUGGUUCAAGGCAUGGCCAGAGGAUGCCCUGGAGCUGGUGGCCAACAAAUUCCUGGACGAGGUGGAGAUGUCCUCAGAGGUUCGAACCAACACUGUCAGCAUGUGCAAACAUUUCCACCAAAGUGUACGGGCACUCUCUCAAAGGUACUAUGAUGUGAUGCGACGCGUCAACUAUGUGACACCCACCUCCUACUUGGAGCUCAUUAAAACCUUCAAGAAUUUGUUGUCGAAGAAACGGCUGGAGAUCCUUACGCUCAAGAAUCGUUACAACGUUGGCCUUGAGAAGCUGCAGUUCUCUGAGAGCCAGAUCAAUGUGAUGCAGACAGAACUGGUGGACUUACAACCCAAGCUGAUUGAGACCUCUAAGGAGACAGAGGAACUGAUCGGCAUCAUAGAACGUGAGACCAUUGAGGUGGAGGACAUCAAGCGUAUUGUGGAGGUGGAUGAGGCUGUUGCCAACAAGUCUGCUCAGGAAGCUGAGGCUAUUAAGAUUGACUGUGAGGAGAAGUUGUCUAUUGCAAUGCCUGCCAUGAAUGCGGCCAUCACUGCAUUGGACACUCUCAAGCAGAAUGAUAUCAGCAUCGUGAAGGCCAUGGCUAACCCACCCUCCGGCGUCAAGCUGGUCAUGGAGAGUGUCUGCAUCCUCAAAGGAAUCAAACCGGAGAGAAAGGUGGAUCCAAAUGGAAAACCGUUUGAGGACUUCUGGCCUGCUGCUAAAAAGAUGUUGGGUGAUUUGAAGUUCCUCGAGUCGCUCAAAGAAUAUGACAAAGACCACAUCCCAGGACCCACGAUCAAAAAGAUUCGGGACAGAUACAUCUCUAACAAGGAAUUUGACCCUGCAAUAAUAAAAAAUGUGUCCUCUGCGUGUGAGGGCUUAUGUAAAUGGGUCAAGGCCAUAGAUGUGUACGACAGUGUUGCCAAGGUGGUCGCCCCGAAGCAGGAGAGUCUGGCGGCAGCUGAAGCAGUUCUGGCAGAGCAGAUGGAGAAACUGAGGGUGAAGCAGGCAGAGCUCAAAGCUGUCACAGACAAACUGCAGGCCCUGAAUGACAACCUGGUGCAGAAGCAGACGGAGAAAAAGAAUCUUGAAGAUAACAUUGAGCUGACCAAGGUAAAGAUAGACCGAGCAAACAAACUCAUCAGUGGCUUGGGUGGAGAGAAAGACAGAUGGACACAGAAUGUGGAGCAGCUGAACGCCACCUAUGACAACAUUAUCGGUGAUGUGCUGCUCUCUGCUGGAGUUGUGGCUUACUUGGGACCUUUCAUCCUUGACUACAGACAGGAAUGCACCCAGGAGUGGUUCGUUCAGUGCCAGGAGAGAGAGGUUCCAGUCUCUGACAUUUUCUCUCUAUCCAACACCCUCGGGGAACCGGUCAAAAUCCGUGAAUGGCAGAUUGCUGGACUGCCAGCUGACAACUACUCUGUGGACAACGCCAUCAUUGUGAUGAGUGCCAACCGCUGGCCUUUGAUGAUUGACCCACAAGGCCAGGCAAACAAGUGGGUGAAGAACAUGGAGAAAGCCAAUAAGUUGGAAGUCAUCAAGUUCAGCAACCCAAACUUUGUGAGGUCUUUGGAGAACUGUCUUCAGCUUCAUGAUCACCCCACUUGGCCUGGAGGAUCAGCUACUGAGUCUGGUGGCGGCCAAGGAGAGACCUCAGCUCGAGGAGAAGAAGAAUCAGCUGAUCCUGGAGUCGGCACACAACCGCAAACAGCUCAAGGACAUUGAGGACAAGAUUCUGGAGGUUCUCUCUUCCUCUCAGGGCAAUAUUUUGGAGGAUGAGACCGCAAUUGAGAUCUUGUCAUCCAGUAAAGUUCUUUCCCUCGAAAUCUCUGAGAAGCAGAAAAUUGCCACAAAGACGGAGGAAGAGAUUGAUGUCACAAGGAAUGGUUACAAACCUGUGGCCAAGCACGGGAGCAUGUUGUUCUUCACCAUUUCUGACCUGGCCAACAUUGACCCCAUGUACCAGUACUCCUUAGCCUGGUUCAUCAACCUCUAUCUGCAGUCUAUUGCAACUAGCACCCCAUCACCAGAUUUAGCGGAACGCAUUGAGAAUCUGAAUGAAGACUUCACCUACAGUAUUUACCAGAAUGUCUGCCGCUCGCUGUUUGAGAAAGACAAACUGCUUUUCUCCUUCCUGCUAUGCAUUGGUUUGGCCAAGGGCAGAGGUGAAGUUGAUGACCAAGAAUGGAGAUUCCUGCUCACUGGGGGUGUGGCUCUGGAGAAUCCAUUUGCUAACCCUGCCACGUCGUGGUUGUCAGAGAAAUCAUGGUCAGAGAUUGUGAGAGCUUCCCAGCUACCAGCCUUCAAGGGAUUCAUGGAGAUGGUUCAAAAUGCGCCUAAUGAAUGGAAGAAAUUGUAUGACUCUGCCACACCUCACUUGGAGAAAUGUCCUGAGCCCCUGUGUUCUCAGCUGACCAGUAUGGAGGAGCUCAUUGUCCUACGCUGCUUCCGACCUGACAAGAUGGUUCCUGCCGUGCAGAGCUUUAUCGUUGACCGCAUGGGUCAAAAGUACAUCGAGCCUCCAACCUUUGACCUGUCCGUGUGUUACAAGGACUCACACUUUUUCUCUCCACUCAUCUUUGUCCUGUCCCCUGGUGCUGACCCAAUGGCAGGACUUUAUAGAUUUGCUGAAGAGAAAGGCAUGCUACCCACCCCGGGUGCAGCAUCCAGGCCUGACCCUGAGAAAUCGGCAGAGGAUCGCAGGAAGAUGAGCGUAAUAGGGGAGAUAAAUCCAGCAGAAAUCCUGGCGCGCACGAGCAAAAGCAAGCUGCAGACUAUUUCCCUUGGUCAAGGACAAGGGCCUAUUGCGGAGAGAAUGGUGAUGGAUGCUGUGGAGGCAGGCACAUGGGUCGUCCUGCAGAAUUGUCAUCUGGCUGCCUCCUGGCUACCAGAGCUGGAGAGGAUCUGUGAGACUGUAAUCACGGACCCCAACACCACCAAGGACACUUUCCGACUGUGGCUCACCAGUUAUCCAUCUCCAGAGUUCCCAGUGUCUGUGCUGCAAAAUGGUGUGAAAAUGACAAAUGAGCCUCCCAAAGGGCUACGAGCAAAUCUUUUACGCUCCUACCUCAAUGACCCAAUCUCCAACCCAGAUUUCUUUACAAGCUGCAACAAACCUAAGGUUUUUGAGAAACUUCUCUUUGGCCUGUGCUUUUUCCAUGCUUUAGUGCAGGAAAGGAGAAAGUUUGGACCUUUAGGGUGGAACAUUCCUUAUGAGUUCAACGAGUCUGACUUGAGAGUGUCUGUACAGCAAUUGCAGAUGUUCAUCAACAAUUACGAGAAAACACCUCUAGAAGCCUUGACCUACCUCACUGGGGAGUGCAACUACGGAGGCCGAGUCACGGACGACCUCGAUCGUCGUCUCAUUCUCUCCCUCUUGAAGAUUUUUUACGCAACAGAGACCAUCGAUGAUGACUCUUACAGAUUCUCAGACAGCGGUGUGUACUAUGCUCCUCCCAAGGGCAAGUACGAUGACUAUGUAGAAUACAUUCGGAGUCUGCCGCUCGUACCGCACCCAGAGGUGUUUGGUCUUCAUGAGAACGCUGACAUCACAAAGGAUCAGCAGGAGACCCAGCAGUUGUUUGAUGGAAUCCUGCUCACUCUGCCUCGACAAACAUCUGGUGGAGGAAAAUCUUCCCAGGAGAUCAUUGAGGACUUGGCCUAUGACAUCCUGCAAAAGAUCCCUCAAGACUUUAACUUGGAGGAAGUUCAAACCAAGUUCAAAGUGAUGUACAUGGAGUCUAUGAACACAGUCCUCAUCCAGGAACUGAUCCGCUUCAAUCGUUUGAUCCGUGUUGUGCGGGGAAGCCUUCAGGAUAUCCGCAAAGCGAUCAAAGGUUUGGUGGUCAUGUCAAGUGAGCUUGAGGACGUCUUUGACAGCAUGAUGGUGGGCAAGGUGCCGGCUAUGUGGGCGGCCAAGUCGUAUCCGUCUUUGAAACCUCUGGGCAGCUACAUCACUGAUCUGCUGGCCAGACUGAGUUUUUUCAAGGAGUGGAUCAACGGCGGUACGCCCACUUUGUUCUGGCUUUCUGGAUUUUACUUCACACACUCCUUCCUUACGGGAGUCUUGCAAAAUUAUGCCAGGCGCUUCAAAAUACCUAUAGAUCAUCUUGGCUUUGAGUUCGAUGUCACCAGACAUGAGACUUCUGUGCCACAAAAACCUUUGACCGGCGCUUAUGUUCGAGGGUUGUUCAUGGAAGGAGCUCGCUGGUGUCGAACUUCACGUGUCGUUGCUGAAAGCAAUCCCAAGAUUCUUAAUGACCAAGUGCCUAUUAUUUGGCUGAAGCCAGGGGAGAGAAGUAGGUUCGAAGAAAAGAGUUAUUACCACUGUCCAGUGUACCAGACAAGUGCAAGACGCGGUGUGCUUUCCACAACUGGACACUCCACGAACUACGUGUUGACAAUGACCAUCCCCAGUGACAAGCCUGAGAGCCACUGGAUCAACCGAGGGGUUGCGAUGCUCUGUCAGCUGGAUGACUGAGUUACAUUUACUCUCAAACUCUCUGUUUACGGCAAGCCACUUCAGAUGAUGCACAGAUUGGCUUAGUUGUUUACAUUCAUAACAAAAAUCUACAAAACCCAGCAAAUCCAACUUUUCUGUUACAAAAUUGUGUGUUUAUUGCAAGGAUCCCUGAUUUCUACUCAGUGUGGUGUUAUUUUAUACAAAAAGGCUAAACAAGAGCGGAGUUUAAGGGAAGUUUGUGGUGCUGAAAAAUUGGAUGAUAAAAGCGGCUGCAUAUAAAUGUGGAAUAACAGAGAUAAGUAAACAAAAUGCUUACAAAGCAAGUAUCCAUGCUGUAUGGUGGGAGUCUUCACUAGUGACCGGGGAUCACCCCUGAACUUCAAAUGAUUGUUGUUUCUGCAGCUUCUUUUUCUGAAUUUAAUUGGUCAUUCAGAAUUUCUGCAGCAAGAAUCUGCUAUUGGUAUUGUUACUGCAGUUCUUGUUGCCAUAUUAUAUUGCUGACACUUUCUCCAGAAUCUUUUGGAAUUUCAACUUUUACUUUUACUUUAAGGAAAGUUUCAAACACUUUGUUUGUUUCAUGACUGUGUCCCCCGCCCCCUUUUUCCUUUCCAAAUAUGUUGUUAACAUUUCCCUUUAUUUCUAAAGCAGCAAAUUUCUGAAGUCUUACUAACCAAAAUGACAUCCAUAAUGAUACCAAUUCUGACAAAAAGACACACCAUUACUCUCUGAGAAGAUAAAUAUUAUAAGCUCGGAAGUAUUUUGCUGUCUUUACAAGCUAAGCUCUUCCAUGCCCGGCAAGACCCUCAUAUAUUGUGUACCCUCGUCUACUUACCCAAAAUAUGUCUUCCUGCUAAUUGACUUUGUGUUGCGCUAACAAAUUUGACAAUACCUCUUGUUAGAAGAUGUGUCAUUACUUACACGUCUGAUAGAAAUUCUCUCCUUAUGUCUCAUUUCACUUCUCUGUCUCAGAUAUGAUAUAUCUGUCUCAUUUCAAUUCUUCUUUGAUGUUUUGUUAAACAUGUAAUUAUGUUUUUAAUUCACUUAGCAUUGAAAUUAAUUUAACUUUUGCUCCUAGUAUCAAAACACAACACAUAAUACUUCUCAAAAGUGAAUUUGCGAAGAAGUCUGAAUUCCGUCCACUAAGGAGUUGAGUCUAUUUAUGAGUUUGUUCUUUGCUUUUUAUCCAAGUUUUCUUGGAAAUAACCUGGGAUAU